AUGUCCAUCAGCAUCUUAGGGAUGGUGACAGAUGACAAGAAGACAUCAGUGAAGGCCAAGUGGCUGAGGAAGACGUACAUGGAGAUAUGGAAGCGAGAGUCCAGCCUGAUGAGCAGAAAGAUGAGCAGGUUCUCUAGCACCCGGUCAGGACCCAUGGUGUUGGAGGUAUCCAUGGUAGAUAAUGGCGCCUCAUGGAACCUCUGGUCAACUCCGUUAGAAGACUUGCAAUGUAGAGUUCUGAAGCUGCUGGCAAAUUACUUGGCCUUAGUAGAGACUGAGUGCCUAACCAAGGGACAUCAAGCGAUUGGAGCUGAGUACUGGCAGACAAAAAGUCACAUGAGGAGGGAGAACCAGAGCAGCGUGCCACAGUUCCUCCUCCAGGGGGUCCCCAUUGGGCCUGAGCAGCAGGGCUUGUUCUUUGCCCUGUUCCUGGGCAUGUACCUGACCACGGUUCUGGGGAACCUGCUCAUCAUCCUGCUCAUCAGGCUGGACUCUCGCCUCCACACCCCCAUGUACUUCUUCCUCAGUCACUUGGCCUUCACUGAUACUACUUUCUCAUGUGUAACCAUCACUAAGAUGCUGAUGAACAUGCAGACUAAGUACAAACCCAUCCCCUAUGCAGGGAGCAUUUCACAGACAUAUUUUUUCAUCUUCUUUGCUGCUUUGGACAGUUUCCUGAUCACUUCAAUGGCCUAUGAAAGGUAUGUGGCCAUCUGUCACCCUCUCCAUUAUACCACCAUCAUGAGUCAGAGCAUUUAUGUCAUACUGGUGUCCAGGUCUUGGCUCAUUACUUGUGCUUGUGCUCUUUUGCACACCCUCCUCCUGGCCCAGUUGUCCUUCUGUGCUGACCACACUGUCCCCCACUUCUUCUGUGACCUUGCUGCCCUGUUCAAAUUGUCCUACUCAGGCACUUCCCUCAACCAAUUGGUAAUCUUUACUGUGGGAUUAGCAACCAUUGUGCUUCCAUUCUUCUGCAUCCUGGUUUCUUAUGGCCAUAUUGGGGCCACCAUCCUCCAGGUUCUCUCUACCAAGGGCAUCUGCAAAGCCUUUUCCACUUGUGGAUCUCAUCUCUCAGUAGUGACUCUCAACUAUGGGGCAGUUAUUGAUCUAUAUUUUCUUCCCUCAUCCAGUAACACCAAUGACAAAAACAUAAUUGCAUUAUUGAUGUACACAAUGGUCAUUCCCAUGUUGAAGCCCUUCAUUUAUAGCCUGAGAAAUAAAGACAUGAAUGGGACCGUGAGAAAACUCUUGAGUAAGAAAAUAUAUUCUUCCAACAGAUACUUACCUUUCUUUUAA